GCUGGCUCACGAGGGAGCUGAUGGAGGCGAACCGGGAGUCUGCGGCGCAGGCGCUGGCGGCGGCCGUGACGGCCGAGCGGAGCGGUGACACGGCAUCGGCCGAGCGCCUCGCCGCCAAGUCGCAGCGGCUCUUCCCCACGAGCGACGCGAAGGCCUUCCUGGAGCGCCUGGCCGGCGGCUCGGCACCCGCGGCGGCUCCGCAGGGAGCGUCGGCGGCGCCGGCGGCGGCGGCGGCACCCGCGGCGGCGGCGGACGGUGCACAGGGCCGCCCCAACGGCUGCGCCGGCGCGGCGGCGAGCAGCGCUGCGGCGCCUCCGCCGAGCGAGGCCCUCGCGCAGGUGCAGCGCUCGAACAGCCACUACGAGAUGCUCGGUGUCGCAACCUCCGCCGACGAGGUCACCAUCCGGAAAGCGUACCGCAAGCUGGCAGUCAAGCUGCACCCGGACAAGACGUCUGAGGCCGGCGCCACAGACGCCUUCAACCAGAUCAACGCCGCCCUCGAGACGCUAACCAACCCGGAGCAGCGGCGGCUGUACGACCUGCGGCUCACGCAGGCGAUGUGCGCCGGCUUUGCGGGCCCGCAGGUCGCGCCCAAGGGCGCAGGGAACUACUGGAGCGCCGUGCCGCCCUUCCCCGCCUCGUGGGGGCAGUCGAGAGGAAAGCCAAAGGCCGCCGCGUCGGCGGCGGAGCUGGCGCAAGCUGCCCGCCUUGCCGCGGCGGCCGCCGCCAGAUCCGCCGCGUCGGCCGCGGCGUCGGCCGCGGCGGCCGCCAAGCGCGGCGCCGCAGGGAGCGGCGCCGGCCCGUCCGCCCCGCAGCCGCCGCCGCCGUACGUCCCGCCGCCGCAGGUUGCCGCUCCGCCGCCGGCGCCGUACCGGGUCCAGUGCGGCCACUGCCACGCCAGCCUGCAGGUCAAGCUGCGCACGCACUAUGGCUCGCACUCGCUCAGCUACCGCGUGCAGUGCCCCUCGUGCAAGGGCGUCUUCCAGGCUGCGGUCGCCGGCCUCGCGCCUCCACCCCAGCCUGCGCCGCCCUCCUCUCGGCCGGCGGCCGGCUGGCCAGCUGGCUCGAGCGGCAGCCCCGCCACCUCCGCCGGCGCGGCUGCGGGUAGGGCCGACCCGGGCGCAUCGGCGCCGCGCGUGGAGUCGGCGCGCGGCGGGCGCGGGCGCGGGCGGGGCGGCGGGCGCGGCGGAGGGAGGCGCGGCGGGCGCGGCCGGGCGCGGGGGGGCGCGAAGCGGAAGCGUGAGGUGUCGUCGGACGAGGAGGACGACCUCGACGAGUCGGAGUCGGAGGGGUCCGGCGAGCUGCUCUGCUGCGACUCGUGCCCGCGCACCUUCCACUUCGAGUGCCUCGCGAUCCGCAAGUCCGAUCUGCCCGACGGAGAUUGGAUCUGCCCGCUCUGUGUCGCGGGAGUGCCAUUCAGCGAGGACGCGCCCGCCAGCGACGCUCCCGGAACGCAGCAGCCCGGCUCGCCCGCCACGCCCCCGCCGCCACCAGAGCCGGGCGCCGCAGCGCCUGCCCCUGACCCCGUGCACGCGCCUGAGAUGAUUCAUCGCGAGGACCUCGACUGA